AUGGAAUAUGCAGAUUUAGGAGAUUUAUAAAAUAAAAUAAAUUCUAAUACAAAUUCGAAAUUAUCGUUUCCAGAAUAAGAAAUAUGGAAAGCUGCCAUAGAUUUAACAAAGGGUCUUACUAUUUUACAUAAAAUGAGUAUUUUACAUAGAGAUUUAAAAAGCGCAAACAUAUUUAUUACUAAAACUCCUAAAGGAAUUGUUUAUAAAAUAGGAGAUUUAAACGUUGCUAAAAUUGCAAAAAAAGACGGAUUUGUAUAUACAUAAACAGGAACUCCUUAUUAUGCUUCUCCAGAAGUUUGGAGAGAUGAACCAUAUGAUAAUAAAAGUGACAUUUGGUCUUUAGGGUGUGUUUUAUAUGAAAUGUGCGCAUUAAAACCCCCAUUUAUGGCAAAUGAUAUGGAAGGAUUAUUUAAUAAAGUUCAAAUGGGACUUUAUGAAAGAAUCCCAUAAAAAUAUUCAAAUGAUUUAAGUUGUUUUUUAUCAUCUCUUUUGAAAGUAAAUCCGCAAUAAAGACCUUCAUGUGAAUAAAUUAUGAGAAAUCCUUUAUUUUAAAAAUAUUAAAAUUAAUAAGAAAUUACAAAAUAAAUUACCAAUCAUACUUGUUAAAAAUAAGAAUUGCUUUAAACUAUUAUUGUACCGAAAAAUCUUGGAUAAUUAAAAGGAAGUAGACAUCCUAUUAGAAUUUAAUCUAUACCAAUAGUUAAUAAUAUACUUAUAAAUAAUAAAAGAGUCUCAGGAAAAGUAUGA